GGUCGUUCAUGAGCCUGAGCUGUGGAAGGGCCGGUUGUCAAGGCUCCUGGCAGCAGGCUUGUGCCCCAAAGUGCUGCAGCCUGACCAGUGUCCAGAGCGUGGCUGUGACAGUCAAAUGCUUCAAACCAUUGCAGGGCAUGGAUGGAAGUCACAUUCUAGUAAACCUGCUCAAAACUUACAUAUAGGCAAACCUGGAGCUGGCUUUAGCUUUAAACUUACUGAUGAACAGAAAGAGUUUCAAACUUCUGCUCAUAAAUUUGCUGUGGAGGAAAUUAUUCCUGUUGCUGCACAAUAUGACAAAAGUGGAGAGUAUCCUCUUCCACUUAUAAAAUGGGCUUGGGAACUUGGUCUUAUGAAUUCACACAUACCAGAAAGCUGUGGUGGUCUUGGCCUUGGCAGUUUUGAAGCAUGCCUUAUUACGGAAGAAUUAGCUUAUGGAUGUACAGGGGUUCAAACUGCCAUUGAAGCAAAUUCCCUAGGGCAAAUGCCAGUAAUCAUUGCAGGAAAUGAGCAGCAGCAGAAAAAAUACUUAGGAAGAAUGACAGAGGAACCAAUGAUGUGUGCUUACUGUGUAACGCCUGGAGCAGGCUCUGAUGUAGCUGGUAUAAAAACAAAGCCUGAGAAGAAAGGAGAUGAGUAUGUUAUUAAUGGUCAGAUGUGGAUCACAAACGGUGGGAAAGCAAACUGGUAUUUUUUAUUAGCUCGUACCAAUCCAGAUCCAAAAGCUCCUGCAUGCAAAGCCUUUACUGAAUUCAUUGUCGAAGCAGAUAGCCCUGGAAUCCAAAUUCAAAGAACGGAAAUGAAUAUGGGUCAACGCUGCUCAGAUACAAGAGGUAUUGUCUUUGAAGAUGUGAGAAUCCCAAAAGAGAAUGUAUUAAUAGCUGAGGGAGCUGGCUUUAAAAUCGCAACGGGAGCUUUUGAUAAGACCAGACCACCUGUAGCAGCUGCUGCUGCUGGAUUAGCAAAAAGAGCACUUGAUGAAGCUACUAGAUAUGCUCUGGAAAGAAAAACCUUUGGGAAAGCAAUCGUUGAACACCAAGCAGUGUCUUUCUUGCUUGCUGAAAUGGCAAUGAAAGUGGAACUGGCUAGGGUGGCUUACCAGAGAGCUGCAUGGGAAGCUGAUGCUGGUUGCAGGAACACCUACUAUGCUUCCAUUGCAAAGGCAUUUGCUGGUGACAUUGCAAACCAAGUAGCUACAGAUGCAGUACAGAUUUUUGGAGGAAAUUUAUUUAAUACUGAAUAUCCUGUAGAAAAACUGAUGAGAGAUGCUAAAAUCUACCAGGAAUGUAAAAGAGAGAAUAUUUACGAGGGAACUGCUCAGAUUCAAAGGAUGAUCAUAGCUCGUGAACAUGUUAGCAAAUAUAAGGCUUAA